CUCGAUGCCUGUUGGAUCAUGGUCUGGAUCCAGGGCAUCCUACUGGUUCAAGCAUUCCAUCAAAUUUCAUGCCGCCAUAUUGAGAAUCAACAACCUGAGGACUCCGUCUCCAACGAAAAAAUCCAACACCAACUUCAAGACCUCCUCCUUCCAUUAUUCCAACCCAAUGACGAAGGCAACGUUGGCAAUGUUCUUAAUAUCAUACCUUAUACAGAUAGAAAAAGAGCAAAAAGCAAAAAGGAUACGCCAAUGACAAUAAUACUAACCACAAAUUUGUCUGAAAAAGGAAAGAAGAAGGGGAAAAAAGAUGUUGUAAUAGCAGUUCAAGCUCUUAACAGUUAUGGUGCACCAUUACCGGACAUUGGAUCUUUAUUGAAUUUAAGUCAUCAGAACACAACAGAGUCAAUUGAAAGCUCUCGGAGUUUACCCUCUGCCUCUAAAAGAACGAAUAAUAGAACAUCAGAAUGGUUGGAAAAUGAGAAAGGUGCACAUAAUAUUGCUGAAGAUGAAAACAUUGAAAGAUCACAAAUUGCACAAAAUCGUUACGCGAAAAAGAGACAUCAUCAUGCAAUAUCAAAGAAUAAAGGAAGAGAUGACCAAAAUAUACAAAGAUAUCAGAAACCAAAACAUAUUGAAAUAAAUCUAGUUAGAGCAGUACAUUCAAAUACUGCUGAACAAUUAAGUACGGAGGAGGAACAAAGUGCAAGGGAGCUAACAGCCGAGUUAUCCAGUGCAGAACGGAAAGCCAGCACUUCAGAGCUAGCAAGUUCUGCAGAACAAUCGGACAUGACGAGACAACUAAGUACGGCAGAGCAAUCAGAUACAGUAGAGGAAUCUAGUACAAUUCGGUUGCCAAGUGCGGCAGAAAAACUCAGUAACGUUGGACAAUCAAAUAUCCCAGGAAAAACUAGUACAACAGAAGAGCCCAUUACGGUGGAGGAGCAUAGCAUGUCUGAGGAACUUAGUACUUUAGAACAACACAGUACUGAACUUAGGGCUGCGAAACAUCAAAGUAUUUCGAAACAAACAAGUACAAAGGAACUACAAAGUUCUUCGGAACAGCUAAAUACUGCAGAGGAAUCAAGUACUAUGGAAAAAUCUAGUACCGCGGAAGAAUCAAGCACGACACUGAAGCCUAAUAUAGUGGAGCAGCGAAGUGCGACUAUGGAACCCGGCACCGCGGAACGACCCCGUGUUCGGGAAGAACAUAGUACUGCGGAACACUCAAGUGUAGCCGAACAAUCAAGUUCUUCGGAACAGCCAAGUACUGUAGAGCAAACUAAUAAUUUGGACCAAUCUCACUCUGCGGAGCAACCAAUAAUGGCAGAGCUAAUAAAUAUUACGGAGCAAAGAGCUAAUAUAGAAAUUGAUAGUCAAGAAAAAAAAAGAAAUAUAAGAACACCAGGAGGGCAAAGCCCUGCUACGAUAAAUCAAAAUACAUCCGAAGACUCAAUUACACCAGACAACACCGUUACAAGUAGGCCACCUAUUAUUGAAAAUAUUAAUGUAGCUGAACGUCUGGAAGAACAGAUUGAUCGUGAUCUAGAAGAACAGAUUACUGAGAAAUACCGUGCUGGGAAAAUAACUGGACCUUGGGGACCAAUGUCUGCAGAAGAAUCUACGGAAGAAAAACGAGUUACGUCGGAAGUUACAUCGAAACUUAUCUCAAAGCACCAUUCUGUGGCAGAUAUAUUUAUUAUAAGGGGGCAAAUUCAACCCAGAACAGGAACAGUAGAAGAAUCCACAACUGAAAAAUUUGCUCCAUCCGAAUUAGUAUUAGAAGACUCGUCAGAUGUUCCAUCAAAAGUUAAAGCAGAUGAACCUUCUGUAGCAGAAGUAACUAGUGUAAGACAUACACCAACAACAGAAAAAAUAAAUUUGCAAUGGGAGCCAAUAACACCAAAACCAAUUACAUCGGAAGUUACCCAAGAACAGCAAGAAUUAAGUAACGAUGGUAUUACAAUGAAACAAUAUAGUUUAGAAAAUGAACCAGGUAUGGAUGAAUAUACAGAGGAACAACUAGAAAAUUCAAUUAUAUCGGAAGUUACCCCAGAACAGUUUGUAGAGAUUAACGGCGAGACUCUACGGGAGCAAUAUUACUCAGAACAUAAACCAAAAAAUGCUGAAAACACAAAGGAGGAACCAAGCGCAGAAGCUAUAACUUAUCGCAGAGGAGAAACUUCUGAGGAAUCUACUACGUCAGAGGUAACUGUUAUAAGAAAAAGACAUAGAAAAGGAAAGAAACCUACAGAUAAAACCCUAUUAGUAUCGCAAGCUAUCCUAGAACAGCUUGGAUUGGUUAACGGUGAUACGUUGGAAAAAUAUAAUUUAGAACAUAAACAAAAAAUAGCUGAAAAUACAGAGGAAAGUCGCACAGAAGAAGAGCUUGAAGGAAUUUCCGUGGAACCUGUUAUAUCAGACAUGAUAGUUACAAGAAAUAAUUAUAGAAAAGGAAAGAAAACCCGACAGAAAUCAAAAUCAGUUCCAAUAGAAGAAUUUGCAGCUGCAAUUACUCCAGAACAACUUGGAUUGGAACAAUACAUUUUGGAAAAUAAACAUCUUAUGGGGGAAGAAGUAGGAGAAGAGUUUGUAGCUGAUCGUAUUAGAGAGGAGCUUGAAGAUAAUUAUGAGGAACUAAUACCAAAUAUUAGUUUACUACGUGACUACGAUGCUUACGAUAACCCUGUUGCUGAACCAGCUGCGUUAUCAGAUGCAGAAACCUCUAAUUUGUUUAAUAUGUUGCUCCGACAAACUGAAAUUGACUCUUUAUUGAAUGCCCAAAAUGAUGGUGAACGUCUUGAAUCAAAAACACAACCAUUAGUUAUUGUAGUACCAAAGAAUAUGGAUUGUUCCGAUAAAGAAAAAAACUCACAUGAUGAAGAAAAACUUCUUCGAGAUGAAGAUAUAUUAAAACGAUUAAAUUGGGACAGUCAUGAGAUUCCACUAGACGUUCGUGAUGGUUUAGAACAAGAUGUUUUGAACCAAGAUCUUUUGAAUUCUAGAUAUAUUUUAAGAAAUGAGAAUAAAAACAAUGCUUUGUUGAGUCAGGAAAAUGAUAUUCGUCAGGAUAAUUUGCAUGAAACAAUUUCUAGAUAUGACAAAAUUUUAAGAAAUAGUGGGGGUGAUUAUGAUGCUGGUGAUGGUCAUGGUGGUGCUGAUGACGGCCGUGACCUUUACCCUGAACAAGAGGAACGACUAGGUAAUCACGAGAUAUCUAAACAAAUCGCCAAAGAACGAUUGGCAAAUAUUAACCACAUUGAUACAAUGCGCACAGAGGACAACAAAGAAGUAGUAAAAUCUUAUAAUUUAUCUUUUACAUUUAAUAGAAAGUAAAAAGAAACAUGAUUAGUCAAAAUAAUAAAAUUUAAAAAUAAUAUUAAUAUAAACGAAUAUGGCGAGAAACGGACUAUUGAUAGUUUUAAGAUAAUACAAAUCAUGAUUAUAUCUAUCUUAUCCAAAUGAAUCCAUUCACAACAAUAGAAGAUUUAAUAACUUAGUAUUGGAUAUAGAAUUUGAUAUAGGUUUGGAUAUAGAAACUUAGUAUUGGAAGCUUCCAGUAUUCCGUUCAUACACAAACAGUUAUAGCUUUAAAUCCAUAAUAGACAGAAGACAACAUUACGGACAAGGAAAGCUUCAUAUUUUAUUUAAUAUAGAGAGAUUUCACUGAUCUUAAAAACAUCAAGAUCUGCAAUGGAUCCUUUGGCUAACGAUGAUAGAGAAUAGAAUUGAAAAACAGCUUCAAGCAAGGUUUGUUCUUAAUUAUAUUAAAAGUGUACAGGUGUUACAAAAUAUGCAGUCGAUCCGAAAUAUUGGGCUAAACCAAAGGGGCCACAACUGAAAAUCACUUCAUUAGAUGGCUUUCCUUAUGUUUUUAAAAUAUGUGCUACAUACUCUGAAGAUUAUUUUGAGAUGAAUAAGUAAGUAUGCUAUGUAUCGUUAAGGCUCAAGUCACACUGGCACAAAGUCGAAGCGUCACGUCGCGUCGUUUUAAACUACAAAAAGGCGAAGGCGAAGGCGGCGAAGGCGCGCGUUGUCGCGCGUCGUCGCGCGAUUCCGUAUUUGCAUGACACAUAUUUGUACCUAAAUAGUAGGAAAAUAAAGGUGAAUAUGCUAUAGGUGAAAAAUAUGAUACGUCGCGACGCUUCGACUCUGCGCCAGUGUGAGUUGAGCCUAAAAACCAAACUAAUUUAAAACUACAUCCAAAUUCGUAACCUUUAUUUGUUACCUUUAUUUCGUAGAGUUUUUGGCGCAAUGUGAAUUUUGGUUCCAGCAACUAGAAAAUGCUGUUACUGUCUGUUAUAGGUAGUUUCCUGCCAUUUGGAAGCCUAGAGCUCUUGCAGAUCCUUCUCCAUUUGGUGUUUCAAGCCUUACAGAUACAGUUUUUCACCCCUGCUUCAUCAUUCACAGUCUUAUAUAUAAUAUUUGCCAUUGUUCGACCCACUUUUGGUUUUUUCUUUCCAGGCUACCGCAUUUCUUACAGAGCCGCUAAUAAACUGAAUUAAUUGAAGAAUUGUUUGUUUGCAUCUGCAAAAACUACAAUACGUGUUAUCAUGCUACCACCAGCCGCUACCUCAUUCACCGCUCUGGGGGCACUCUCUUCGUCCGUGAAAGCCAGUCGCGCUGCUUAUGCACUGUAAGAUGUAAAUAAAUUCAAUAAUUACAGUAUAAAUUCACCAGAAUGUCAAAGAGUAAAGAACCCUGAAAAUGAUCUACGGCUAUAAAACAAAAUUAUGCCGCAUACCAUUAAAUCAAACAAUUUUGAUGAAUUUGCCUGUAGUUCAGACGCAGUGUAAUGGUACCGUACUACAAUGAGUGGCCAUACAAUUAAGCAUUAACAUAGCGAACGGUUACGGGGUGGAAUCCCUACCAACAGAUUUAUUCCCUGAAUGCUUAAAAAAAUGCUUUCGCUGCUAAUUACCUCAGCAGUUCCACCCGUUGUCAAUUAUCUCUCCGAGUUGCUUGUACAUACAAAUAGUUUAUGUUUUCUGCUAAUGCAAAAUUUGUUAUGUACAAAUGGAUUCUACAACAAUACCUCUAUUUUCCAUUAUUGAAGAUCUCCUUUUUCUAAUGGUGAACAAGGAAGCACCAAUUUGGAAAAUUGACAUUUCUAAAUUGAUUUUGAUCUGGGAAUUUCAUGGUAGCCUAAUGGUUUUGCCUACCGCCUUUCACGCAGAGUCGUGGGUGCAAAUUCGAGCUUAGGUACACCUCUGAGCUUUUUAAAGCUCAUGGUAAAUCACUGAAGUGAAGGAAACAUCGUGAGGAAAGCUGCAUACGUUUGCAAAGCAUUUAAUGACGUGUGUGGAGUUUCCAAUCUUCAUUGGGAAGUACAGCCCAAGCCCCCUCAUUGUGAGAGACUUGUAGUCAGCAGUGGGACUAUAAAUAAACUUACUUACUUUACUGGCUCAGCGACCCGAAGUGGAUCUUGGCCCUCAACACCAAAGAAAGCCAUUUCUGUGGGUCUUGUGCCAAUUCCGAUCACUCGGACACAUUCAGUUCCUUUAGAUCUUAGACUUCAUCCUUCCAGCGAUAUCUUCGACGUUCCACUCGUAGGUUGCCCCAAAUACGCUCUUUUGGCAGCUCGGUCCUCUCCCUUUCUUACCACAAGUCCUAACCAGGUCUACUAGCCAAAUUCGAUGUAGAAUGUUUAAUAAAAAAAAACGUUGCUAGGCAAACAAUGGUGGCGUAAAAAAAGAACGUUUUUUAAUGUUCAUUAUUGAGGCUUGUUCUGCCCACGGCGUGCUCCCUUAAUUGUAAUUUAAAUAGGUAAGUAGGUAAUUAGGUUAUGUAGAAGUAAUACUUACCUAGCCAAUUAUUAUGAAGUUUACAAAAUACCUAUUGAUACGUAUGAUUUAGUAACAAAAUUAUGUUUUUGCAUCCUAUUCAUAUUUACUGCUAGAUGGUAGGUAAUGGUAGAUGAAAAGAAACAAAAUUGUAUGAUUUUAUUUGAUAUUAAUUUACCACAUAUUAAAUCCAUCCAUGCAUCCAGCAUCUAUUCCCGAUUCUCACCUUGAAUUACCACCAGAACUCGAAUGUUUGCAAUCCUCCCUUUAAAUCAAAAAGUCGCUAGGGAUGACACAGUUUUACAAAUAAUUAAUUAGUGGUCAUUUUUAUGUUUCGAGAUAAGUUUGUGUUUUUUAUCGUGAACAUUUUUAGGUAUCGUUUUUCCCACACCAUAUCGAACUACCAUCAUAUUGACUUUUUUUCAUUUAUAAUUGAUAUUUUUCAAAGAAAUAGAAACUUUGGAAGCUAAUUAUUUGAAAGUUACUAAAAUGUAAAUGAAUUGGUGUGCUAAAUAAAACUUACCUACAGCACCCUCUGAUUUGUUUCGUCUCUCAUAGCAUACUACAGAAUUCCCAGUAUGAGUAUGGAGUCCCUUAGUUUACGGAGAGACGUUGGCUCUCUGUGUGUGUUCUACAGUUUUUAUAAUGGGGAGCGUUCAGAGGUACUUUUACCUGGUGCCACCGUUCGUUUCUACCAUCGCACAUCCCGCCAAAGGAGUGCAGUCCAUCCCCA